GGUUUGGUUUUCAAUCUGGGCAAAUGAAGACCAUUCUGGGGUUCAAAGGGCUCUUUUAUCUGCAUUCCUUGAUAUGGACCUGUGCUGGGGACUGGUCAGCUAUUCAAGUACACUGCACCCAGUUUUGGUUCUUUGCCAGGAUUAAACCGACGAUAUUUUACAAUUUGUAUGUGAACUCCGAUGAAGUGUUUCUAGGAGAUGGCUGCCAUGUAACCCAUGUUUUGCCAAAUGUCUACUAUGAGUUUUUCUACCAUCCUCAUGACUGUGAUAUUGUAACUCAACCUCUCCAGAAAGUUCUUCUGCUUAAAACUAGAAUCAAGUAUAUCUCAAGAGACUCUACUGUCCGAUCUGAAAUGCCUCUGUCGUGUGUUGUCCACAAUCAGCAUCGUCUUUUAAAUGCAGUUGAAAUGAGAGAUGGGGAAACUGACAAUGUUAAUGAAUGGGAGAUAGAGGUGAGGAUACACAUUGCGAAUGAAGACAUGGGCAGUAACUUCUGCAACACAAUCUUGGUUUUAAAAGUGAAGGUUAUUUUUAGAUAUCUGCUAAUAUUUAUCUCAAGAACAUUACCAAGGCGAUGACUCAUGCAUAUUUCAUGUGCUGUUGAGCGAGAUGAUAGAUCUUCAUCACACCCUGCAAUUUCAUUUAUCCAUCCAAGGUACUUGUGUUUGGAGAGAACAUUAAAUAUCAUCCUGGAAUGUCUGUUUAAUGAUGAUACUGGUUUCUGUUUUAAAAUGUGUCAUCAUACAUGUUCAUUGGAUCUUCAACCACCUAUUUUCCAAAUAAAAUUCUGAAAACGA